UCCAUCUUCUCAUAAUACAUAUUUAAAAACACAGACACGCACUAAAUACUGCGGCCUACACCAUGAGAAUUUUACGUCUAUUAUUCUUCCUUACCGCCGCCGUCUUUCUCACGGCGUACGCCGCCGAGGAACCGGCACCCGCCCCUUCGGCGGCGGCCGAGUUCAUCCGUACGAGCUGCGAGACCACACUGUACCCGGAGGUCUGCUACAGCUCGCUCUCCGGCUACGCCAAUGCCGUACAACAAGACCCGGCCCGACUCGCCGGCGCCGCCAUCGGGGUCAGCCUCUCCCGCGCCGCCGGCAUGGCCAUCUACCUCGCGAACCUCUCCCGCCAGGCGUACUUCGGCGGCGGCGGCGACCCACGCGCGGCGGCAGCCCUCCGCGACUGCUUCAGCGUGUUCGGCGACGCGGUGAGCCAGAUACGCGGCUCCAUGAAGCAGAUGCGGCGGGUGCCGGCGGCUGGCGGCGGCGGGGGCGGGGGAGAGGAGCUGAGGUUCCAGAUGAGCAACGUGCAGACGUGGAUGAGCGCGGCGCUGACGAACGAGGACACGUGUACGGACGGAUUGCAGGAGGUGGCGGACGGUCCGAUGAAGAGUGACGUGUGCGAUCGGACGGUGGAGGUGAAGAAGGUGACGAGCAACGCGCUGGCGCUGGUGAAUAGUUAUGUUGAUAAGAUUACCUCCCCGUGAAACAAAUUAAAUAUUUAAUUUACGAGAAUAUAUUAUUUUUUUUUUUAUAAUUAUAAGAAAAUUGAUUGGUUUAGAUUAAUUAAUUUUUAUUAUUGGUACAAAAAUGUGCGGUGUCGAUCGUAGUGUAUAUAGUUGGUGAAAAGGGGAUAUAAAGAGUACUGAAAAGUUUGGAGUGGGGGUGGUUUGUAUGUUUUUGUUAUCUUUUUGUAUUUGUGUACUUAAUUUAUUAAUUAUGGAUUAUCUAUAUAAUAUAAUAUGGAGUUUUUGUAGUUUA